GUGGGAUUUUGUGUUUUCGGUGAGGCACAUACACUGUAGCUUGUAGUUUUGUUUUUGCUUUAAAGCUACUGGGCUGGCGGUUGAGCAAGGAGUCACCGAUAAGAUCCGAGGACUUAGAUGCAGCAGCGUCCGUGUUUUGUGCUCGCUCGGAAUGUUUGGGGCACAAAUUCUUCCAUUGCAAAUUGAGAAGACGCGUGUGGGGGCGCACAUGCGGAUGCGUCCCCUCUGCCCUCUCUUUUGAGAGAGAGUUAAGAUUACAUUUUGAAGGUGUCAAGGAGCUCCAAGUUUGGUUGUGAGGCAACUUGUGUCCAAGUGGACCAGUUGGUGUUGGGUGUCGCUGCAGGAAAGUGGAUGAAGGCUCCUUGGACACUGCUAAUGCCUUCCUCGCAUGAUGGAUCCUCAGGUUGUUCUGCAAGAGGAAGAAACAGAAGGCUCCUGGAUGCUGUUAUCCUGGCUGGCUUCCAGCCUCAUGGUUUUUGGGGGUUCCUUGCCCUAUGUGCCCCAGUACCAGGAGAUCCAGAGGAGCAGCAACACUGAAGGCUUUUCUACCAGAGUGUGUCUGGUCUUGCUCAUCGCCAAUAUCCUGAGAAUCUUCUUUUGGAUCGGAAAGCAGUUUGAACUGACUUUACUGCUCCAGAGUGUGGUGAUGAUCCUCACCAUGUUUGCAAUGCUUCAUCUCUGCUGCGGCAUCCAAAACAGCAACCGUGUGAGCACAAAGCAGCAUCGACUCUCAGACUUGGAUCUCCACUACUUCUGGAAGUGGAACGCGUUUGAGGACUACCUUCUCUUCUGUUUUGGCCUCGGCGUCCUAUGUGCCGUGCUCACCAUGCUGCUGCUGGACUCGGCCUUGUUCGUAGAGAUGCUGGGUUCUCUGGCCGUGCUGUUUGAGGCCAUGUUAGGCCUCCCUCAACUACUGCAGAAUUUCCACAACCGCUCUACCAAAGGCAUGAGUGUGAAGAUGGUGCUGCUGUGGAUGGCAGGAGACGUCUUCAAGACAUCCUACUUUGUGAUAAACCAAAGCCCAUCUCAGUUCUGGCUAUGUGGUUCUGUCCAGAUCUUCAUCGAUGUGGCCAUUCUCCUCCAGGUGGUCUCAUACAACCAGGACACACGUAUCAAACUCGGCUAAAGAACAAUGAAACUAUUCUUCAGGUGCGAUUUUGUGAAACCCCUUGUUAAAUUGCAUUAGUUUCGUGGAAACUUGGAACUUUUAUUGGUAAGUCACGAUUUCAGCCUUGAACAAUAUUAACUUUAACUGGGUUUAAGCAAUAUUUUGUUUUUAGAUGUAUCUUAUAGUUGUGAGACUGAAUUAGACAGUUCUUUUUAGUGGUUAGUGGCAGACAUUACUCACAUUGACAGCUCCCUAGCUGCAGGUCUGUGUUGCUCUAAUGGCAGUUGUAACAAGCAGUGCUGCACCAGUAGACCUCCUCUGGCCUCUAUCGCUUGACUGAUUAGUCUCCCAUUCUGCACCUCACCACAUUGCUCCCAUGUCAUGUAAUGUGCGUAUAUUUCCGAGAGACUGCAGAUCUUUUGGAAUACCCGCUGAUGUGUACUCCUAGCCAAUUUCGAUUUUUGCCGUUGGCAGUGCCAAGCCAAGGCUAAACAGUGUUCAGCUGCUAAUGGAUUCUGCAAAGGCCAUCAGUCUGUGUGUUAGGACUCAACCUAUGAGCUUUAUUUACAAGGUCUGCAGUUCUUUUUUAUAUCACACAAGCAACACUAAUUUAAAAAUCCAUCAGAAGAAAGGUUAGGCCUUUGAACUGUGCUCUUUAAAGUCUUCUUAGAAAAUGUAUUCAUACUUUUUUCUAUAGAAGGUAAAGUCAGUCUUUUGCAAUUAGUAGUGUUAACAUUCUUUGUUGGUCAAUUGGUGUAGAAAAUAUGCCUAAACUGCAUUAUUUAAUUGUAUCCCUAAAUGCAUAAUUAUUCACAAAUAUUUCAAAGCAGUCUAUAGUCUUCAGAUGAUAAUUAUGGUCAGCCUACAGCUAUGGAGAUCAAAUGAAUCAAUAUCAACACAUUAUACACUCAGUGGAUACUUAUGUACUAAAAUUGGGGACGCCUGCACAAUCUCAUGAGACACAGUCAAGCGAUUUUGCCUGUGCGAGAAAUUCAUUUGAUCUAGUCAUUGAUGUAUAACACCAUCAUUUAUCUGGUAUUAUUCACAUUUUUUGGUGUAUGUAAAAAAAUAUAUAUCAUUGGGACUGGGCAUAUAAAACAUGAUCAGGAAAUUAUCUAAAUCUUUUAAUAUUUUUUAUGUAGAUGCACCUCGUUGAUGUAAUUUUUGAUCCUAAGCUUUAUAAUAUCUCAUGUUAUAUAUUUAUGUUAUAAAACUAUAUAUCGAUGAGUCACCCACAAAUGUGCUGUUCCAAUACAAAACAGCAAUAAAUCAUUGUCAAAAUUUUAGUUGACAUCUAUUAAUGAGUACUUCAAUCUUUAGAAAUAUAUGAACAAUGGCCCAAAUUGUUUAGAUUUUAUAUUUCUAGUUUUCGCUUUUCGUCUAAGCGCUGUUUCUGAGAACAAAUGCUAUGAUUUUAAAAUAUAUAUAAUAAUAAUAAUAAUAAUAAUAAUACAUAUUUUGGAUAUUUGUCACUAUUAGCACCUGUUCAGUUCUGCUAUGCCACCUUUACACUACGUUCUUGGCAGCCAUUGGAGCCUUGUUUGCCCAAAACAUAAUGCACUUUGAGGUUUUGAAAUCAUUCAGAGGAAUGUAAUAGGUAACAAUAAGUUCCCAAAAUUGCAAAAUGUAAAGCUACACUCAUUGAAGAACUACCAAGUCCAUUUCAAAAAUGUACACAGCCAAAAUGUGACAGAAUUGCAUGUAUUUACAGUAUUUAUUUUGUAAUUUUUAGCAGCAAAAUGUAUACUUGUUACAUUUUCAGGUCAACAAUGUACCUACUGUAGUAGUGCAAGUAUUACUGUAACUGUAGGACAAACUAUACUUUGCCACGACAUGUACAAAGAACAAUGGCAUGACGUCCGAUGUCAUUGUUUGAGUUGGUUUCUGCUAGUUUGUGCCAUGGUGGCCAUACUUGUCUUUGUGAUUUACCAUCGUUUUUACCUGUCAUGGCCUGCUCCUUGUGUAUCUUUUCGAUCUCAGCGUCCGUGUCACCUGUGUGUUCCUGUGCCUUCGUCUUGCCUAGGUUCGAGUAAAUUGGUUCCUAAAGUAAGUUGUUCUUCCCAGUCUUUUGUCUGAUCUUCGGUGCUUUCAUUUCUACUUUGUUUUUGGACCUUUUCGUUACUAUGCCUUUUCACACAAACGCCCGUCUGCCUCACCUUUGUUUCCUGUCCUCUUUUGUUCCUCACUGGCCCUUUACCCGCCGAGCCUUGUCACUGAACACAUGUAUUUUAUGUAAAAGAAGAAACAUUUCAUAUUGGUCCAUGUUAAAAUGGAAGAUAGAUAUACAGUAUGUGUGCAGUUUUUUUUGCAUGCCUAACAUACUGUACAUUCAGUAUAUACUGUCAAUGCCUUGUACCGUCAUAUGAGCACUUUGUAAAAUGUGUUGGUAUUACAUGUUUGAUGAAUGUGAAACUCACAGUGGCAUAUUAUGCAUGAGCCACGGAAGCAUCCCAAGCUCAGCUCAACAUGUCAAAUUCUUAUAUUUAUAGAAGUGUCCAAGCGCUUGAUAGAUUUUUCACAUGUCCAGCUAAUACUGCAGCUGUCAGCAUUGUUUGCCUGUGACCUUCUGUUGUUUAUUUGCUCUGUGUCUUUAAUGCACUAGGGAUCCUUGUGUAAAUGCAUUUUUCAAAAUCCUUGCAUAUCACUUUACAUUUUUCUCCUGAAUGUGUCUAAUCUCUGACGGCAUACUGCAUUUCAUCUUCCAUGGCCCCAUUUUUGAAAAGCUUUAAAGAGAUAUGUUUUAUUUAUUCCCUCAGCACAGAUAACCCCUUCGAUAGAUUUUCUUUUACACAUGGCCACCGUAGCAUUGACCUACAGAUGCCCCUCUGAUGUUCAAACUUGAUUGGCAGAUUGAUUUUCAUUUUCCAUUUUCUUCGGAGUCAUUUUUAAGCAAAAUGUCAGAUGUUUUGAAUCUGAUGUAUAACAAUGUUACAUUUUUAAAAUGAAACCGUGCAAGCUUGCUGUCCAAAAUAUUCAAUGUAUUAUUUUAUCACGUCAUUCAGACAGUAUGUAUGUGAAAUAUUGAUGCCAAUAUUGUUUGUUUCACACAUCAUGUAUUUUGCAAUGUGUUGUGUCCAUCCUGGAUGUGUAUUUUGAACUGUGCAACACAGUGACAAUGACAACGGAAAGAUAGAGCUUGUCGAAGCUCACCAAGCUGCCGCCGCAGCCUCUGACUGGACUUAAACUGGAUUCGGAAAAACCUUGUGUGAUCCUUUCAAGGUCAAACUCUAUGAACAUACAAAACAGCAAUGGUGUGUGGGCAUGCCCUGGGAAAACCUUUUUCUUUUUGACAGUCUGAGUCUGUUUGAACCUUUAAAAUGAAAGGCGGUCGGUGGAUAAAGAAGGGGGCUGCUGCUGCUGGACACAAGGCAGAAUUGUCAUUUGUCGUUUGGAAGUGGUGUUAUAAUAAAUAUGUGUAUGCUUUCAUUUGUUUCCACCCAUCUUUCUCUACCUGGGAGACAGUGAAAUAUUCAACUGGAUACUGUAGAUAAUGGGCAUGUC